GGACGGUUUUGAGGCCCUUAGUAUCCUACCGCCCCAAGCUGUCACCUGUGGUUGCUCAAGCGCUCACUUGGCGCUACACGACUUCACGCGUUCCAUCGACAAUCAUGACCUCCAUCGACAUUUGACGGGUGUGCCAACAUCUACUUCCUUUCUAUAAUCAGCCAAGACCAUCACUUUUCAACAAGUUGAAGGUGUUUCGCUCACUAUAUGUAACGAUCAUGUAGGCAGCUGCAGUCGUUCAUCUCUACUCGCCAUCGCACAACUCCAACUUGCAUACGCUAUCGCUGCCCUGCGUUCUGCGGUUACUCUCAUCCUGAUUGCAGCAUCAAUGUUUGUCGCCGUCACUCUGCUUCGUGUGAUCUUGCACGGUCCCAAAGCUACCAAGCCAGGCGAUAUCUGCAACAUUUCUUAUCUUGUAGACCGACUAUCUAUCAGAAUCUACGCAAAUCCGUCGAGAUAUAAUACGGAUGCUGAAGGUCGUCUGGUGCUGGCUGGUGCAUACCUUGCUGUUCGCUGACUUACCACUCUUACCGGGUGACGUGACUAUCGUUCGCACUCUCGGCUUCUUAUGUAUUGAUAGGGCUAUAGUUACUGCACUGGGUGAGAUACUCAUCGGUGUUUUCAUGGUGGCGUCAUUUCAUCGCUACCCCUGAUAUCGCCUGUAUCUGACCGUGCUGCCGGAAAUGGGGAGUACGAUCGAUUCUGGUGCAUUCCCCUUGACGAAGAUUGUGGCCCACAGACCAUACUAUUCUAAGGCCGGCCUGUGCAGUGUCAAUCACCGGUCUUGAAAACUGGCGUUCUUGUUU